AUGCAGAUUUUGGAGAGAUCGAAGAUUUGGAAUAAUCAUGCUACGGUGGAUAAAGAGGUGCAGCUAUCAAAAGAACAUCAACAACCAAAGCCUGUUGUCCAUCAGCACCAGUCAGGAUCUCAUCACUCCCCCAUGGUGCUUCAACAGGCUACACCUGUCCAUGAGCACAGGCAGGGAUCUCAUUGUCCUCCACCUAGGACCGUGCAGCAUCCAUCGGAGCUCCAACAAUCAACAUGUGUUCAUCAGCACGAGCCAAGAUCUCGACGACCUUCAUCGAGUGCAGUGCAGAUUCCAUUAGAGCCUCAGCAUGUAAUGGCUGUUCAUGAGAGAAGAUCUCAACAUCCUCCAUCUGGAACUGCACUGGCAUCACAAAACGUGCAGCAUCCGUCGGAACUUCAACAGGUACUUCGCGUCGCUCGUUCUCGGCUCCAACCGGGAUCCGACGAGUCUCCCUCUGGAAGCAACACGGUGGCACUAAGGCAGAGCCCAGUGUCUGCACCGAGUCUAAAUGAUGGCAAGUGCAAGAUGCCAAUGCAGGGGACUUACAGCCUCAUGAGCAAGUUCCUCCGGGACCAUGUCGGAUGUGGGCACGUUUUGGACUUCGGUCAGGUGUUCUUCCGGGACCGCAUCGGCCAGAGUUUGAAGGGGUUCCUGCUGGAGACGUCGGCCGAGGAUUUUCCGAACGUUCGGGAAGCCACGAGGAAGUUGGAAAGGUUGCAGUUGCCCAGUGAUCCAAGAUCUCAGUUGCCCAGGAUUCCUCUCCUCUAUCCACAAGAUGUGGCCCUGUUGCUUUUGCUGCACAAGACAUUGAAGCCUUCAGAGCAGGAGUGUCUCAGUGAUUACUUACAAUUCCUGAAGGAAAAGAACACUCGUGAACUGAGACGCAUCUUCCACGCGCUGAAGAUGUUGAAAGAGAGCGGACAUCUCCCCUCGCACGAUGACCCGAAAGUUGACGAGGCUCGAGCAGCCCUUGGGAUCCGGUGAGAUGCGUCCGUGACGGUCCAGUGGGUCUCCUUGCACCAAAAUCCUGGAUGAAAUUCUUUUGUACUUCGCUUGACUUUCUUGCUUCUAUGAUUCUUAGAGAUUUGCAAUCUCUCCCACGCCCAACAAAUGCCUUGCCUGAUGAGCAACAUGGUAUCCUUGCACGUUUGCCUGGCUUUUUCCCAUGUGAAGAGAUGGGAAUCCCCUUAAUAUAGGAUUGAAUUAAAAUGCUAUGUCUCAAAGUUGCUUUUUCCUUCAUGUGCAGUGUCUUUGCUGUCUGUGGGCGAGAUUUCAAACCUCUGCCUGUCAUUGCAGUCGAGAUGAUUCGAAAGAUUUUUGUGAAAAACUCGAGUUUAUGUUCUGUGUAUGAUGCUCAGAAAAUCAAGUUUUUCUUUCAGGACUACCUCAUGUGAUCAAUAGAACGAAAUGCCAUGUAGCCGCACGACCAGAAAAUGUUGUCGAGUGCCUUUCUCAAUUUGUUCCUGAAUGAAAUGAAUAUUUUCAACGCG